AUGGCAUCAAAGCAGCUCACAAGGUUGACCAACAGUAUCUACUUUGCCGAGCCAGUCCGAUCUGCGCCACGCAAACGAAGCCAUGAGGCGCCACAUAUUGUGGUCAGUCGAAACCUCCUGCCCGCGACGUACAACUUGCGAGGAGGCGUACUAUAUGACCUGGGGCAACGACCUCACUCCCCCCCCUUUUUCCUUCGAGAUCGGUGACAGCUCAUGUUUGGAUGGAUGGACGCCCAAAUGAAGCAUCUUUCCAAAUACGUUGAAGGAUACCAUCGCGUGGUCAGUCCUUCGCUUAGCAACCUGUGGCCGCGCGCAUAAGCGUCGUCUGCCUCCGCCCGGCCUCAGCUGGCGAUUCCUCCUGCCCGCAGUCCGGACUGAUGGAUGCGACGACCUUCUGUCCUGUGACUUACCGCCUGUGCAGUAUCCGUCGUCGACGAUUCUGCUCGUUCGGAGCUCGCAGACAUCCUUCUAUUCCCGGGCCGAAACCCAACGGCGCGCCCUGAGCCCCGCCGUCGAAUUCCUCCGAGCACGUCUCGGCGACUCGGGCUCGGCCGUGCCCGCGGCGGGACCGUCCUCCGGCCUGCUCGUCCAUACUUUUUCCAACGGUGGUUGCCUCAACCUCAAGAUGAUCAACGAGAUGAUGUUACGCUCGUCCCUGUCCCGCAUCUCCCAGGGCGAUCCGCACGGCCGGGCCGAGUACUCCGAAAAUUCGGAGGUCAACGGAAUCCCGGCCCGAGCGAUUAUUUUUGACAGCUGCCCCGGGAAUGGGGGAUUAAAGACGAUGAUCUCGGCCUUCACGGCGCCGUUGAACAAUUGGCUGUUCAAGGCACCGGCGAUGGUCCUCGUAGCUCUGGUAUUCGGUAUGCUUAGGAUCUUCAAUGCGUAAGUCUUCUUGAAGCUGCAUUUGCGAGGCUCAAGAUCGGGCCGAGAGUGGACUCGAGCGGCUCUCACCCUCUCUAUCUCUUGAACGAAUUUUCUUUCGAGGCAGACUUCGGUUCAAGCCUUCCAUCCUGGACCAAGUGGGAACAUACGUUGCGACGCAAAUCCCUCUUGUCCCCCGCCUCUACCUCUACUCGGCCACGGACAUGCUAAUCCCCGCUCAGGACGUGGAAGCAAAUGCACAAUGGGCGCGCCAACAAGGCGCCAAGGUGACGAUGCUAAAAUUCGAAGGCACCGAACAUGUCAGUCAUGUGAGGAGGGAGCCAGAAAAAUACUGGGGCGCCGUCAAGAAGCUGUGGGAGGGUACAAGUCUCGUCGAAACGCUGGACUAA